AUGGUCUGUCGGGAGGGGGCAGGUAGCUGGCGGGCGGGGUCCAAUGGGUGCCGGCUCCGGAGGAGAGGGCGGAGGAGAGGAGGAAGGAGGACUCUGGGCCCCGGCCCCAUUCAUUGCCGCGGCCGGCCGGGUGGGGGUCCCGUGUUUUCCGAGUCAUGGAGGCACUAAUUCCUGUUAUCAACAAGCUGCAGGACGUCUUCAACACUGUGGGCGCUGACAUCAUCCAGUUGCCUCAGAUCGUAGUGGUGGGAACGCAGAGCAGUGGAAAGAGCUCAGUGCUUGAAAGCCUAGUGGGGAGGGACCUGCUUCCCCGAGGCACUGGUAUUGUCACCCGGAGACCUCUCAUUCUGCAGCUAGUCCAUGUUUCACCCGAAGAUAAACGAAAAACAUCAGGAGAAGAAAAUGGAGUUGAAGCAGAAGAAUGGGGUAAAUUUCUUCACACCAAAAAUAAGCUUUACACAGAUUUUGAUGAAAUUCGUCAAGAAAUUGAAAAUGAAACAGAGAGGAUUUCAGGAAAUAAUAAGGGAGUAAGCCCUGAACCAAUUCAUCUUAAGAUUUUUUCACCAAAUGUUGUCAAUCUGACACUUGUGGAUUUGCCAGGAAUGACCAAGGUGCCUGUAGGUGAUCAACCUAAGGAUAUUGAGCUUCAAAUCAGAGAGCUCAUUCUUCGAUUCAUCAGUAAUCCCAAUUCCAUUAUCCUCGCUGUCACUGCUGCUAAUACAGAUAUGGCAACAUCAGAGGCACUUAAAAUUUCAAGAGAGGUAGAUCCAGAUGGUCGCAGAACCCUAGCUGUAAUCACUAAACUUGAUCUCAUGGAUGCGGGUACUGAUGCCAUGGAUGUAUUAAUGGGAAGGGUUAUACCAGUCAAACUUGGAAUAAUUGGAGUAGUUAACAGGAGCCAGCUAGAUAUUAACAAUAAGAAGAGUGUAACUGAUUCAAUCCGUGAUGAAUAUGCUUUCCUUCAAAAGAAAUACCCAUCUCUGGCUAACAGAAAUGGAACAAAGUAUCUUGCUAGGACUUUAAACAGGUUACUGAUGCAUCACAUCAGAGAUUGCUUACCAGAGCUGAAAACGAGAAUAAAUGUUCUUGCUGCUCAGUAUCAGUCUCUCUUAAAUAGCUAUGGUGAACCUGUGGAUGAUAAAAGUGCUACUUUACUCCAGCUUAUCACCAAAUUUGCCACAGAAUAUUGUAACACUAUUGAAGGAACUGCAAAAUAUAUUGAAACUUCAGAGCUAUGUGGUGGUGCUAGAAUAUGUUAUAUUUUCCAUGAGACUUUUGGGCGAACCUUGGAAUCCGUUGAUCCACUAGGUGGCCUUAACACUAUUGACAUUUUGACUGCCAUUAGAAAUGCAACUGGUCCUCGUCCUGCUUUGUUUGUGCCUGAAGUUUCAUUUGAGUUACUGGUCAAACGGCAAAUCAAACGUCUGGAAGAGCCCAGCCUCCGUUGUGUGGAACUGGUUCAUGAGGAAAUGCAAAGGAUCAUUCAGCACUGUAGCAAUUACAGCACACAGGAGUUGUUGAGGUUCCCUAAACUUCAUGAUGCCAUAGUUGAAGUCGUGACUUGUCUUCUUCGUAAACGGUUGCCUGUUACAAAUGAAAUGGUACAUAACUUAGUGGCAAUUGAAUUGGCUUAUAUCAACACAAAACAUCCAGACUUUGCUGAUGCUUGUGGGUUAAUGAACAAUAAUAUAGAGGAACAAAGAAGAAACAGGCUAGCAAGAGAAUUACCUUCAGCUGUAUCACGAGACAAGUCUUCUAAAGUUCCAAGUGCUUUGGCACCUGCCUCCCAGGAGCCCUCCCCUGCUGCUUCUGCUGAGGCUGAUGGCAAGUUAAUUCAGGACAGCAGAAGAGAAACUAAAAAUGUCACAUCUGGAGGUGGUGGGGUUGGAGAUGGUGUUCAGGAACCAACAACAGGCAACUGGAGAGGAAUGCUGAAAACUUCAAAAGCUGAAGAGUUGCUAGCUGAGGAGAAAUCAAAACCAAUUCCAAUCAUGCCCGCCAGUCCACAAAAAGGCCAUGCUGUGAAUUUGUUGGAUGUGCCAGUUCCUGUUGCACGAAAACUAUCUGCCCGUGAACAGAGAGAUUGUGAGGUUAUUGAACGACUCAUCAAGUCAUAUUUUCUUAUUGUCAGAAAGAAUAUUCAAGACAGUGUACCAAAGGCAGUGAUGCAUUUUUUGGUUAAUCAUGUGAAAGAUACUCUUCAGAGUGAGUUAGUAGGACAGCUGUAUAAAUCGUCCUUAUUGGAUGAUCUUCUGACUGAAUCUGAAGACAUGGCACAGCGCAGGAAAGAAGCAGCUGAUAUGCUGAAGGCAUUACAAGGAGCCAGUCAAAUUAUUGCUGAAAUCCGAGAGACUCAUCUUUGGUGAAGAGAACUAUAUAAUACCAAGACUUUGCUGACUUGCUAGUUACUGCCUACUUGAGUAGAAUUUUAUUUAUAAACCCCUGUGAUUGCAAUGGUAUGAAUCUGCUCAUGUGAAGACUGGCUAUAAACUGAAAAUUGUACGCUGUAUUGCUGAACAAAUCACACAUUUAAUUCAAAUAAUAAAUGGCUGUUUCUAAAA